AAAGUUUAGCUUUUAGCGGACAGCCCGAAUGGCGCUGACAGGCGAAAGUGCUGCGAAAGCCGCAUCUUUACACCGCCUCCGUGCCGCUUUCACGCCUGUCCAGUUCAUAUGAGUGUGUGUUAAUGUGUGUAAAUGAAUAGCACGCCGGCCGACCGCUGCGCGUUUGGGCUUUUCUGAGCGCUUGUUUUGCUCUUAAAGUACGACAUUAUAGGACGUUGGCUCCUGGUAUGGUUUUCGUUUCGGUUGUCCGGCAGCCAGACCAAGUGCAGAUGUACCUUCAUCUCACAGCCUCCUGAGGUCACCACCAACUCCAGGCCCUGCUCUUUGCCGCCCCCAACCCCAGCCAACAGACACCAGUGCAGGAUGUCGCCCCUGGGCAGCAGGGGUGCCCAGCUGACCGCUCUGGUUGGGGCUCUCUGCUGUAUGGUGGCGCCCCCUACAGUGCACUCCUCCAUCUACGCUCACGAUGGCAACAGCACCUCCAUGGUGUUUGAGGACCAGCCCUCUUUCUUUGGAGGCCGUCUGCCAAGAGACGGCUUGAUGGGUAUUUUGGUGGAAUCCCACCCCCUCAAUGCCUGCGUCCCCAUCGACCCACCCCCACGCGCCUUCGACAGGAACGUCACCAAGUACAUUGUCAUCAUCAGACGCUUUGACUGCAACUUCGACGUUAAGGUCCUGCAUGCCGAGCAGGCUGGCUACAGCGCCGCCAUCGUGUACAACGUGCACUCGGACUCCUUGCUCAACAUGGCCUCCGACAACGAUACCAUCUCGGGGCAGAUCGAGAUUCCCUCUGUGUUCACCAGCCACUCGGCUUUCCUGUCCCUGAAGGAGUACAUUAUUCCCGAGGCCGGGUCCUAUGUGAUCCUGUGGCCCGAGUUCACCUUCCCUCUCAUCUACUACCUCAUCCCCUUCACCGGAGUGAUGGGAAUGAUCAUCCUCAUCAUGGUCACCAUCUUGAUCGUGCGCUGCGUGCAGCACAGGAAACGGGCCAGGAGGAACCGGCUGACCAAGGAGCAGCUGAAGAAGAUCCCUGUCCAUAAGUUCAAGAAGGGUGACGAGUAUGACAUGUGCGCCAUUUGCCUGGACGAGUACGAGGAUGGGGACAAGCUAAGGAUUUUGCCCUGCUCCCAUGCCUAUCACUGCAGGUGUGUAGAUCCAUGGCUGACCCAGACCAAGAAGACCUGCCCGGUCUGUAAGCAACGCGUCAUCCAGCCAGACACAGAGUCCGAGGAGGAGGACGAGGAGGAAGAGGGCAGGGGGACCGGGGAAGAGGCUGACACGGAGCGCACGCCCCUGCUGCGGCCCUCGCGGCCCGGCUCGCCCUCCUCCAGUGAGGGCCCGGGGGUGUACUCCUCCACCGCAGAAUGCUCAGGGCCCGGGCCCUGCUCCGACUCGCCCCUGCUCGCCCACGAGGGGUACUACUCUCCGGAGGAGGAGGACUCUGAUGACGAGGAGGAGGAGGAGGACGAGGAGGAGGAAGACGAGGCCAGUCUCAGCGACGGGGAGACCGCCCGCCUCCUCGGCAGGGGGGAGGUGCAGCUGUGAGAGAAAAUGCAGUGAUGUUUGUGUUUCCUCAUUUUUGGCCUUGCGUUCUUGUUAUUUUUGUCCCAGUCAAAGGAGACGGGGUUUUCAGCACCACUGCCCUCCCCCGCCCCCCCGGCUGUCAUCGGAUACUUUUUCUCCGAGCCUCUAUAUUGUCAACCUUCCCAUCACUCUUCCAACCACCCCCCCCCCCCCCCCCCCCCAUGACCUGUCUGUACUCGUACCCGUCUGCUGGGUCCGUUCUUCCCACGACACUGAUGAUUAACAUCCCUUAACAGGGAUGAUUGCCCAGAGAUGCUGCACACACCCUGAAAUUUAAUGUUGCAGGCAUCUACUUUUUUUUUUUUUUUUUUUUAAAGGUAUUAAUUAACAAGCUGGUUACAUUUAUCUUCCGGUUUAAUAUUGAGAUUUUCGUACAAAUUUUGGCGUUUAGCGUUUUUCCCCUUCCGGUUUCGAAAAAAGCAACAACAACAAAAAAAAAAUCCACUUUAAUGUUGUACUGGUGUAGUGGACCAAUAUUUUUAUUUGUGUAUAUAUAUUUUGAUUACAGCGUCUUUCCUGUUGUCUUAAGCCUCAGUACCACAUGUAUCACUGCUAACGUUGUAGUUUAGUCUGCCGAUUGUCAAGCCGUCAUUUUGCUAUUUGAUUUGGAAGCGGACAGAUGGACAGAAAGCGGUGCGUGGAAACGUACUGUGUCAAUGAAGCGUGGGCGAACGCCUCCACGCGAUUCCGGUUUUUCAGGGUUUCAGAUACGACCGACAGUCCUUUGAUUGGCCACGAAAGCGGCAAUAUCGUGUUUUAUUUUGUAAAAUGUGGGGGGCGCGGGGCUUUGUUCUCCUCGGUAACCACAUGAAAAGAAGGUUCUGGAAUGGAAUUCAGGGGCUGCGGGGAAUAUGGAAGUGCUGUUUGUAGAAAGGGGGAGGGGUAGUUUUACAGUGACUGUCCGAUGAAUUUAGUGUUCGGCUGGCCGGGUGCCGACCGAUUACCGGGCCGCUAGGUGACCGGUGACGGAGCCGUGUGACAGUGGUUUUCCGCGGGGACAGUCUCCAUCUGUAAGACUCCUCUGCUUUUAGCCCCCCCCCGCCUUUGUAACUGCCCAAUUAUGGUGGGACAUUUUAGAUCCGCAGAACUUUGUCUGUCGCUGUGAGCCGGUUUUUUCCCCUAAACUGUUUAGGCGAGCAGAAUAUCACUGAAACACUAAUCACGAUUUUGACUUUGUUUCCCACUACUGCUUUUGCAAUGAAUUUCCAGAUAUUUUUGCUCUUUAACUUUAAAGGGUUAAGUUGAUUUCCUGAGACACACAUAUAAAAGGAGAUUAUUAUCAUUAUAAAUGUCCUGGGUUGUAUUACGGGGGGGGGGGAACCCAGUGCAACUGUACUGAGCCUGCUGCACACUGCAUUCACUGCACAGUUCUCUAUGUAUCCACCUAUGACUGUAAACUGACUCUCUUCUUCUUAACAUUGUUUUCAUACAGCUGUACACAUUUUGAAUAACAUGAACAUUAAAUGAGCAAGUCAAACUACGCAGUUGCUGCUCUUGUUACCUUGCAGUAUCACUGACACCUUAUUUUCCCAAUCUGAUUAUUAUAAAGUCAACAUUGUAACAAAGAUUUAGAAGAUCUAUUAAUUCUAUAUCGAAUGAAAUAUGCUACCUGUUUCGAUGCUGAUUUAAAAAAAAAAAAAAAAAAAACGCUGACACACUUAACGGUAAUCAAAUGGAUGUUUACGCAAACGCCACUGUCUAUUCAAAUGAAAUGUUAUUUAUUUUGAGAAUCAUCCCAUCGAAUAAAAUUCCAGAACUUGUACAAUGAUUCCACUAAUGGUAAAUAAAAAAUCUGAAGAGGAUUUUUACGUUUAAAGAAAUAACCACAGCACACUUAUACUUUACAUACUGAGAAUGUGUACCUUUUCUAAACUGUAGUCUUACAUCUGUUAUAUUUUAUAAUUUAGUUUGUGCCAUAAAAGUAAACAAUUUCAAUAUUU